UAUUAUUUUCCGUUUUCCUUCUCCAUGAACGAGUGUUAAUUUUUUAAUCAAGCUCAGAAUUUAUUCCAAAAAAACAAUCAAGCUCAAAAUUUUAAACUUCAACACAAGUAUUCGAUUAUUUUCCUUUCAUUAUUAAUGAAUGGGAUGGGGUAAUACAGUAUUAUCCUGGUUAAAUACGUCUGACACUCACUCAGUACAAACAUCGUAAUUAUCGAUAUUCAGUUGUUUCAGAGAUCAGACCAGGCGAUAAGCAUUUCAAGAGAAAGAGAUACUCCGUAAAAGGUAAAGGUAAAAGCUCGGCCAUUCCAUAAUCUUCUUCCCAUACACUGAUACACUGUCCUGUCCCUAUUCUGCAACGGCAUUGAUAACAAAGCACCCCCCCACGUUCUUUUGCUGGGCUUAAAAUAUAAUCUUUCUGUAUUUCCUCCUUCACUUUUCCCCAUUUCAAAAGAGGAAGCCAUUUCUGAAGCACAAAACAGAGACCCAGAGCUUAAAUCGGGAUGAUGAGGAAGUUAGGCCUAUCCUUGUUCAUAACUCUUCUAAUCAUUCACCCAAACGCUUUCCUUCUUCAAGUGAAGGCAAGAGAUGGAUUCAUCAGAACCGAAGGGAUUCAUUUCUUGCUGAAUGGAAGUCCUUUCUAUGCCAACGGCUUCAACGCCUACUGGCUAAUGUAUAUGGCUUCAGAUCCUUCUCAGGCGCACAAAGUAUCGGAGGCCUUCAGAGAAGCGUCCAGCCAUGGCCUGACCGUUGCCAGAACUUGGGCUUUCAGUGAUGGCGGCUACAAGCCUCUUCAGUAUGCUCCUGGCCGUUACAAUGAAGACAUGUUUAAGGGUUUGGAUUUUGUGAUAGCUGAAGCAAGGAGAUAUGGGAUUAAGGUGAUUCUAAGCCUGGCAAAUAAUUAUGACAGUUUUGGGGGAAAGAAGCAGUAUGUGAACUGGGCUAGAGAUCAAGGGCAGUAUUUAAGCUCUGAAGAUGAUUUCUUCAGAAACAAUGUUGUGAAAGGGUACUACAAGAACCAUAUAAAUACUGUUCUGAACAGAAGAAACACUUGGACUGGAGUUGUUUACAAGAAUGACCCUACAAUCAUGGCUUGGGAGCUUAUGAAUGAGCCUAGGUGCACCUCAGAUCCAUCUGGAUCUACUAUUCAGGCAUGGAUAAUGGAAAUGGCCAAUUAUUUGAAGUCCAUAGAUAGAAUCCAUCUGCUAGAAGCCGGAUUAGAAGGAUUCUAUGGGCAAACGUCAUCUUCGUGGAACAAUAAUAAAAAUCUGAACCUCAGUCUCAACGUUGGAACUGACUUCAUUGCAAACAACCGUAUUCCUGCCAUUGAUUUUGCUACGACUCACGUCUAUCCUGAUCAGUGGCCAUCCCUUAACUGACAGGUUGACGAGCUCAAAUGAUGCAGACCAACUGGCAUUCCUCAACAACUGGCUUGACUUUCACAUUCAAGAUUCUCAGCACACCCUGAAGAAGCCACUGCUGAUCUCAGAAUUCGGGAAAUCCCGGAAAGACACGGGCUUCACCUCCAGCCAGAGAGACACUCUGUACAACACGGUGUACUACAAAAUAUAUUUGUCGGCCAAACAUGGGGGAGCCGCUGCUGGGGGCCUAUUCUGGCAGCUGUUUACAGAAGGGAUGGAUAAUUUUGGUGAUGGAUAUGAGAUAGUGUUGAGCCAACGGACUCCGCUUGCAAAUCUAAUUGCCCAACAGUCGCACAAGCUUUUUCUUAUCCGAAAGAUAUUCGCAAGGCUGAAGAGAGGAGGAGCUUCUUCUAAUAGGGUCAGCAAGGGAAAACAAAUUAGAAACUGAUCACAGCCUCACAUGGCGAGAACGAGAAGAGUCUGACAUAUUUUUAUUAGUGUUUUGACCUCUUAGAGAUGGAUGUUAGUUGCAUUGUUCAUCCUGGAGCUUUAGUGUUUUACCAAAAAACCAUAAUAUGUUCUCAUCGACAUUUAGCAAAAUGAUCUAUAAGUAUUUCAUUGGUGCACUAUUUAACCAUAGAAAACAUUUCAAUCAAGAGUGUGGAUUGUUUGCCAUUUGUCAAGUAGUUUUUAGAUUCGUAUUGAGUUGAUAUGUGAUAAUUCGAAUAGACAACUACAACCACAUUGUUCUAGCCUUUUGAGCCUUUUGAGUUGUGUUCGAUAUCCUACACUUUCAUAAUAGUAGUCAACUUGAUCAUUAGACUUGGACUUUCUUUUGGCU